AUAUUCAUAUCAUAUACGAUCAAACCCAUACCAUGGCCGCCGCCGUAGUUUGGAAGCGAUCAAGCUGCGGCUCCCUCUUUGGCGCCGCCCUAGCAACUGCCUUUUUUUGCAUGGGAUGUCUACUACUAGCCAUGCUGGCUAUUGCAAAGGAGGAGGAGGCGCCCAAACCAGCAGGCACUGUGAUUGGCAUCGAUCUCGGGACAACUUACUCUUGCGUGGCCGUUCUCAAGAACGGCCACGUCGAAAUCAUAGCGAACAAUCAAGGGAACCGCAUCACGCCGUCUUGGGUUUCGUUCACUGACAACGAGCGGCUGAUCGGCGAGGCUGCGAAGAACCAGGCCGCUGUCAACGCCGAGAGAACGGUGUUUGAUGUGAAGAGACUUAUUGGGAGGAAGUUUGACGACGAGGAGGUUCAGAAGGACAUGAAGAUGGUUCCGUACAAGAUCGUGGACCGGGGCGGGAAGCCUUACGUAGAAGUUGGAGUGAGUAAUAAUGGGAAUAGGCAGGCCACGAAGGAUGCGGGUGCGAUCGCUGGGCUUAACGUUGUGAGAAUCAUCAACGAGCCAACUGCUGCUGCCAUUGCCUAUGGACUCGGCGUGUACGACGACAAGAGACGCGGUAGUGGCGGCGUCACUGAGAAGAACAUCCUUGUGUUUGAUCUCGGCGGUGGCACAUUUGAUGUCAGUGUCCUGACGAUCGACCACGGUGUGUUCGAGGUUCUCGCCACCAACGGUGACACCCAUCUUGGAGGCGAGGAUUUCGACCAGAGGGUGAUGGGUUACUUCAUCAAGCUCAUCAAGAAGAAGCAUGGGAAGGACAUAAGCAAGGACUACAGGGCUCUGGGUAGGCUGAGGAGGGAGUGCGAGCGCGCGAAGAGGGCAUUGAGUAGCCAACACCAAGUCAGAGUCGAAAUCGACUCGCUCUUCGAUGGCAUUGACUUCUCCGAGCCAUUGACUCGCGCUCGCUUCGAGGAGCUGAACAACGACCUCUUCAGGAGGACAAUGGGGCCCGUGAAGAAGGCCAUGGAAGACGCAGGGUUGAAGAAGAACGAGAUCGAUGAGAUUGUUCUUGUUGGUGGGAGCACUAGAAUCCCCAAGGUUCAAGAGCUCCUCAGAGAUUUCUUUGAUGGCAAGGAGCCGAACAAGGGAGUGAACCCGGACGAAGCGGUCGCGUAUGGUGCUGCGGUCCAAGGUGGCAUUCUAAGCGGGGAGGACGCGAGACGCGGCGAUUAUCUUCUCUUGGACGUCACUCCGCUCACCCUCGGCAUUGAGACCGCGGGCGGAGUGAUGGCCAAACUGAUCCCCAGGAACACCGUGGUCCCCACGAGAAAGUCCCAAGUCUUCACCACAUACCAAGACCAACAAACGACCGUCUCGGUCAAGGUUUUCGAAGGCGAGCGUGGUCUUACCAAGGACAACACACUUCUCGGCAACUUCGAGCUGAGCGGGAUUCCCCCCGCCCCAAGGGGAAUCCCGCAAAUCGAAGUCACGUUCGAGGUCGACGCGAACGACAUUCUGAACGUGAAAGCCCAAGACAAAAGCACCGGGAGAUCGAAGAAGGUCGCGAUCAACAAUGGGAGGCUGAGUGAAGAGGAGAUCGAGCGCAAGGUUCGCGAGGCGGAGGAGUUUGCGGAGGAAGACAAGAAGUGGAAGGACAAGAUCGGUGCACGAAACAGGCUCGAGAGCUAUGUGUACAACAUGAAGAACAAGAUGAAGGAGUUUGGGGAUAAGGUGGAGUCGGAGGAGAAGGAGAAGAUGGAGAUUGCUUUGAAUGAGGCCAUGGAGUGGCUGCAGGACGACGGCCGGAGUGGCGGUGCUGCUGCUGAGAAAGAGGACUUUGUUGAGAAGCUUGAAGAGGUUGAGGCGGUUUGCAAUCCCAUUGUUUCCUCCGUCUACCAAAGAUCUGCCAGCGGUGGCGGCGGCUCUCACGAUGAUGAGCUAUAGAUCAGAAAUAAAUUGACAAUUAAUUAGAUCGAUGAGUUUUAGUUAGUUUAGUUUUUCAUUAGUGAAAUUUGCACUAAAUAGGACUAAAACAUAAUGACUUUCCUAAUGUAUGAUUUAAACUUUUUUAUUCCUUAAAUAGGACUUAAUAAUGACCUAGUGGGAGG